AAAUAUAAAAACGUAGCGCCUUCUAACAACUCGAGCCUGCUGUUUACACGCACAGCGAAAUGCUUUCGGCACAGCUGGGGACAAUAGCAGAGGCAAGGAUUUUCGCAAUGAAUUAAUUAAACCCUCACUACCCUAGGAAGCACAAACAAUGACGAACCCUGAUUGCUAAGCUUCAGGGUGCGAUGUGAGUGAAAAUGAGCCCUUGCCUCUGCUCUUUCUAAUGGACCUGAAGAACAGACCCUGUUGCUGCUGUUAGAAUCCCUUCCCCAUCUCACGUCCCACCUCCUUUGCUCGCACAUCCACCUGCGCGCAAAUAUUUACACAUUGCCAUAUCAGAGAAAUACACACAUGCACACACAUUUUCCUGCAAACACUCGCGCGCACGUCCUUCCGCAGCUGCCCGUGUCCUAUCUCUUACCCAGACACAGACAUUUAUACACGUAGGCCAGAAAAAGCGCAACCCACGGUCCUGUGACUCCACGCAGGUCCUCAGAACACGCCGUUUACAUUGAACCGAUCCGCGAGCACAGACAAACCUACCAACAAGUCUACUGGCUGGAAUUCAUCUCCAUGGCAACAAACAUGGAAGGAAGUUUCCAUGCUUCCUGCAGCUUAAUAUGUAGAAGACACCUGGAGCCAACACAAGGUAGAAUCAUAACGCUGGUCUAGGCUUCUUUGGUGAGACAUGUUGAGAAUUUCCAGAUCGAGCUUACCAGUGCUUUGGAAGGAAUGGGUGUCUGAGGAGCCACCCAAAUAUUCUCUUACGGAAAAUCUCUCAAGGUUGACAUCUCCGGGUCUCUGGGGGUAGAUUCCUGAAGAUCCUGAGGUUCUGGAACUCUAGGAAACCAAAAUGCUUGUACUUCAGCGUGAUGAAGACAUCUGGGCGGAGAACUGACUCCUGCAGGAACUCCCAAGAGCCACCACGAUGCACCAGUGAAUGAUGAGUAGCACUCACUGCAGCAAUUCUUCAGCUAAGAUGAGUGUCAACGAAGUCUCUGCAUUCUCCCUGACGCUGGAGCAAAAGACUGGCUUUGCCUUUGUGGGCAUCCUGUGCAUUUUCCUGGGGCUCCUUAUCAUCAGAUGCUUCAAGAUUCUAUUAGACCCAUAUAGCAGCAUGCCCUCUUCUACGUGGGAAGAUGAAGUCGAAGAGUUUGAUAAAGGGACCUUUGAGUAUGCACUUGCCUGAUGGUGGUUCCAGUUUCAAGCCUUUUCCAGUUGCCAUUGGGACACAUGUUAGACACAUUUGUAAUUAGCCUGACUGUGCUGCUGCAGAGAGGAUCAUUUCAUUCACAAAAUUCAAUAAACAUCUGUGAUUGAUUUAUCCACCA